CCUACCUGGCGGGCGCAGGUGUCCGCGGCGGCGCCGUGCCUGCCGGAGCUGGUAGUCCCGGGAGCCCAGGGGAUAAGGCAGGGCCGCUCGGGUGCGGGCCAGGGUGGGCGGCAUGGACAAGCUCAAGCGGGUGCUGAGCGGCCGCGACGCGGAGGAGCCCAGCAGCUUGGCCGAGGUUAUUGAUGCCACUUCGCUGGGUUGGGGCACCAGAGUGAAAGGCUUCAUUGCCUGUUUUGCAAUAGGAUGCCUGUGCUCGCUCUUGGGUAGUUGCCUGCUAUGGGUACCAAGGAAAGGGCUGACACUUUUUGCAGUGUUUUAUACGCUGGGGAAUAUUGCAUCUAUUGGGAGCACUCUUUUUCUUAUGGGACCAAUGAAACAACUGAAAAGGAUGUUUGAGCCUACACGUCUGAUUGCUACUAUUGUUAUGCUAUUGUGUCUCAUACUAACACUGUGUUCUGCUUUCUGGUGGCGUAAGGAAGGACUCGCUCUGCUUUUCUGCAUUUUACAGUUUUUUGCCUUGGCAUGGUACAGCAUUUCCUUCAUACCGUUUGCAAGGGAUGCUGUGAAGAAAUGUAUUUCGGUCUGUCUGUCCUAACAGGAAUACUGGAUGCUUCAUGAAGUUCUAGGAAGUGUAGUAGAAAUGUGUUAUGAUCACUGUGUAUAUAUUUUUCUGCAUCUGUCUUAAACACGUGUCUUUCAGCUUGUUCUUAGAAGCUCCUUGUGUUAAAUCCAGUGUAUGCAAUUGCUUGGUUUUGGAAGCAAUUGGUAUCUGUAGGACAAGGUACUCGUGAUGAAAUGAAGUUCAGUCUGGCAGAAGAGCCGGGCAGAGAUCUGAAGUUGGCUAUGAUAAUUCCAACGUAAAAUCAUUUAUUUGUUUUUGCAAAAUUAACAAAGUAAUGUGUGAAGGCUGUAAAAAAUUUGAGAACUUGACCCUGAUGGGACUGUGCCAGUCUAGAGGAUUUGUUUUUUAAGAAAAAGAAAUCAGAUGCCAAAUGAUUUCUUACUGAGAACUUGUUUGUUUGUUUGUUUAUUUUAAAUAGCCUUAGUCUUUUCACUGUUUGCCUUGGGAAAGGGAGUAUUGGUGUUCUUUAUUUUCUUGCCUCUCUUGCAAAAUUUGAGGUUUAUGAGACUUCUACAAGAUUUAAUUCCAAAUGAAAAGACUGUUUUGGACUAAGUAUAAAAUGAGUGCAUCUUUAAUGUUAAUUUUCAGUUUAGAUGGAUGGUGUUGCCUUAAAAUACACAAAAGUGGCAAUUUUAUCUGUAAAAACUUAUUCCCAUAGGAGAAGCACUUGCAAUAUAAGUUAAUAGAAUUUUUCAGCUGCCAGGAGCCUUAGUUCUUUGCCUUCCCUGCAGCUAAUAGCAAUGCAUACAAGGUAGGAAACCAAAAUUUUUUGCAUGAAGCAAGGUGCCUCUUAUCCAGCUGUAGUGUAGGAGUUGAGGGCAUGAUAGGUAAACAAAGAGAAUGUAUUUGUCCUUUGGAAAGGACAAAUAGUUGAUAAGGUGAAAGUGAGUUAUUGUUUAAGCAGUCUGGAGCAGGGAGAAGACUUUUUCUUCUGAAUUUGUAAAUAAGUUAAAUCUAAAAUAUUUUUUUUUUGGAAGUAGGGUCAGUUUUGUUUCACCUAAAGCUCUUGUGUAUGCUAGUGAACUACUUCUUUGAGGAGAAAGUGAUUUUCUAUUGCCUGUCUUAGCAAAGAAAACAUGUAACAAUCUAUCUGCCAGCCAAACAUACUGAACAGUCAGUAUCCAAAUUCCAAGGCCUCUCAACAUGAUCUUCUGAGCUAUGUAUAAUCAUUUACUCCCCAAACCACUGCAGUGGUCAGGUGUUUAAUACUGGAGCACAGAUUCCUGCUGCUGCUGUAUGGGAUACUGUUUAACUGCUUUCACCUUUCUUCUUAGCAAACUGUCUUGCUGGAGUUACUGUCUGUGAAGAUGAUUAUUGAGUGGACUGUAGUAUGAACUGACGCCUCUUUUCCUUGCAUCUGCUGAGAGUUUAGUAAUUUAAAAACAUUAUUAUGGUUGCAUGGCAAGUGUCCAUGACUUGUAACACAAAGAUUUCAAUGUAGGAAAAACCUGCAUCUAUUUAGCAAUAAAGUGUAAACCCACAAUGAAGCCAAAUAAUUCUAUGGAUUCCAAAAAGUUUCUAGUAACUGAGUUUAUUCAAAAUCUUAACCUUAAGCGUCCUUCUGAUACUUUAUAAAGCACAGUACCAUCCUGCUGUCAGGGUCUUCUUAAUAAAUAAAUAAAUAAAAAAAAUUUCCCUGUUAAAGGUGGUAUGAAAGGAAAAUCUUAACAUGCUUUCUGUGGAUUCCAGCCAGCUAGACUUACUGUUUGAAAGACAUUUGAAUGGAAAAUGCCACCUUGAAAACAUAGCAUUGUUGUUGGAAUCAACCAAUGAUACAGUAUGAUAUUCAAGUGCUAUGUCCUGGUGCUUUUUUCCCCUCCUUAGGAUCUGGGAGUUAAGAGUUUAAAUAACUAGGUUGACUUAUUACUUUUAUUGAAAAGAAGAAUUAGUUAAAUGCCCAAGAGAGACUGGGAAUUAAAGAAUACCAAUACUUCUUUUCCCUGACUGAUCCCUAAACUGAUAUGUGUCUUUAUCAGGGAAUAGGUUCAAUAACUAAUUUACCUCUGUCAAAGGACCUGUUUUAGUCCUUUAUUAGGACUUUGGUAAUGUUUACAGAAUUCCUUUGUAUAAGGGUGGUUGAAAUGUAACUCUAAUGCCUUUUACAUUCCAAUAUUUUUUAAGUUUUAACAUCUCUGGGUGUUCCUGAAAAUCACUUCAAUAUUUCUCAUUCUCAUCUCCAGGGAAGUUAUGUUAACUUGUAUCAUCAUUCCAGGUUCAUCUGCAGUCAACAGAGUGGAAUGUGACUUCUGGGGUUCUUUUUUUGAGUACUCCAGAUCAGGAGAGCAAAAGCCUUUUGUUCAUUCUUUGACUAGCUUAUGCAGGAUGGUAUGCCCUGACUCUGUCACUGUUCCUCUUCAAGAACAGCAGAUUUGGGUAUGCUGAAUUUUAGUUUUUCAACUUCCAUGCUAGCUAAUAGGGACCUUUCAGCUGACUGUUGUGAGCACAGCCACUUAGGAGUAUGAAAUGUAGGAAAUCACCAAAAGAUAGCAGGUAAACUUAAAAGUAUUUCUUUUCUUUCACCAUCAUCCCCCAGUCCCUUUAAAAGCUGUAAUUCCAGCUCAACAACUUUAUUCAGUAAGAGAGAAGAACAAUUCUUGAUUUGACUGCAUAUCACACGAGGCUAAGCAACUGUGCCCUUAAAGGAAGGGAACCCAAGGGGAGAUGGCAAAGACAUAAGGAUCACUGGAAUGCCACUAGGGUUUAUGUUGCCCUUUGGUAUUGUAUUAUUUUCUUGUGAAGGUCAGACAGUAGGAGAGACUUACCAUAUUCUUGCCAGUAAGUGAAACAUACUCAGGGUUUGUCACUUCAUCUACAAGCACUUCUGAUUUAAAAUAACACUUCUUUAUCAGAACAAGCCUCUUAAGAUUCUCACUUCAAGUAGUUGUGUUCACACUAUUGCAAAGUUUAGCAGCAAAGUAUUUUUCCACUUUGUUAAAAUUAUUUCUUUUAUAUGAUUUUACAUGAUCAGGGAGCAAACUAGUAUAUGGAUGUUCCCUCUUAACCAGUUUCAAUCUGAAUUUCAUUACACAAUUAUGCCAUUUUCUGGUCAUGAGAACUAUGCUGUGUUAAGUUUUGUUAUCAGUUUUGGUUAUUCACUUGGCAGGAAUUGUGGUCGGUAUUUAUGAAGCCCUCUCUAGCUUUCUAUCUUAAUUUCCUUCAAGGCAGGAAUGUUUGUUGUGUGCACUCUACUGUAAAUAGAGACUUUUGUGUUUUAAUUUGCAAAGCUCCUUCCUUCCCAAAGUCCUUGUGCAGUUGCCUACGACACUUAAGGCAAGACUGACUUUCCUAAAGAAACUUGUAUGGUGUUGGAUGCCCAUCGUGGUAGGACUUUGCAUUCUCCCAGAAAGUGCUUUUGCCCAGCUGCACUGUUGGUCAACUUGCCUAUCUGAUUUUUUAACUCUUUGCAAUACAGGUAACAUAACCUUCACCAAGCAGCCUUAGCAUAUAUUUCUAGCAUGAAAAGUGCAUAUCUGGGUUCAGCUGACUUUCCAGAUAUAAUAGAAAGGGAAGGGAUCUGUUUCCAAAGUAGUAAGAUUGUUCAUGAGGUGUUGCAAAAACCAAGGAAGAAAUUUCUGCACCAAAUUGAAAUUCUUUUAAGAAAUCAUGUGCUAAAAAAGAAAGUAUGUUGGGCUUUGAAUACUUACUAUGCAAGUUUGGUGGAGGGUGGACUCUGCUACAGGAUGGCUUCCAGCUAGAUGCAGGAUAAUGGGCUUCAAUCCAUCAUAUCUUGUGAGUAGAUUGCAGCUGGCAUGCUAUGCAUUUGGAAGCGCAUGGUGCUGUUACUUAUGUGCACUCUGAAACUCGUGGGAAAUGCCUUGUGGAGCAGUACGAACACUUGAAGCUCAUCCCCUUUUGCUGUGCCCAAAGAGACUGCAAAAGCCUCUGCUGAGUUUCUGGGAACAGUUCUUGCUUAGUUUCGGUUCUUGAUCAUGAAAGUUAGGUCACUGUUGCCAUUGUAGACUUUCAAAACUGAGGAGGAGGAUAAUGUUUAAACACACAUUUGUCUUCAAUACUGAUGUUUACAACUGGCAAAUACUGCCUGUGUAGGACAGAAAGCACAGAAAUGGUGUUUCCUUAAAACCACGUGCCUCAAUGUAAUGUGACAACACUAGAUAUUUAUUUUUUUUUUAAAGGCUGUGGAUUAGUUGUGUGAAAUAAAAAAAACUCAGAAAUUAUAUACAGUGUUUUAUACCGCUACCAAUUCUGUUUUGCUUUUUCUGUGUAUUUACACUGCUUGGUUUCUACUUUGAUAAACAUCUUUUUUUCUAACUUGUAACACUGUAAGUGAAAUCUUUACUUAAAUUUGCUGAGGUUUUUCCUUCAAUAAAGUUAUCACUGCAUUAAAUGA